ACUUUCUCUGUUUCUCUGCCUCGCCCUCCGAGCUCUGCUCCCCUCUGGGCGUGACUUUUUUUGUUUGGGGGGAGAGAUCCCCUUUUUUCACCCCGGGAGGGGUGCAGCUGGACCCGGCGAAGCCCCUCCCCAUGCCAUGGAAGGGCCGAGGAGAAAGAGAAGGAGGUCUGGGGGUUUUAACCAGGAGCGGUCUGCAGGCAGCUCCACCAUGUCAGACAGCGACCUCGGAGAAGAUGAUGGCACUGCCUCUCUGGACCUGUUGCAGUCGAACAAGAGGAAAAGAAGGGGGAAUCUCCCGAAGGAAUCGGUGAAGAUCCUCCGAGACUGGCUCUAUGAGCAUAGGUUCAAUGCAUAUCCAUCUGAGCAAGAGAAACUCAGUCUGUCUGGCCAGACCAACCUCUCUGUGCUGCAGAUCUGUAACUGGUUCAUCAAUGCCCGGCGGCGGCUCCUGCCUGACAUGCUGCGCAAGGACGGCAAGGACCCCAACCAGUUCACUAUCUCUCGCCGAGGGGGCAAGACUGCAGACAUGGCCCUGCCACGUGGGGCCACCGCAGGCUCUGGGGUGCUGGUGAUGCCUCCUGUGGCUCCCGCUAUGGCUGCUGCUGCUGCCACCCCCAAGGUGCUGUCCAUGUCUGUCUGCCCGCAGGUGAUCUGCCACCCCAUGCAGCCACUGGCCAGCAGCCUGACAGUGGUGAGCACCCAUGGGGCUGAGCAGGAGAAGCAGCCCCCCUUCCCACGGAUGGAGCUGGACCCCCACCCCAAGCCUCAGCUGAGCACAACAAGCAGCACCAUGGCGCUGCUGGCCAGGACGGACGCGGCCAGCCCCACCAACGGACUCUUUAACACCCCACCCCCGACGCCGCCCGAGCUCUUCGGAGAGGACUUCAGCAGCUUCCAGCUGCUGGUGGAAGUGGCGCUGCAGAAGGCGGCCGAGCUGGAAUCGCAACGGCAGAAUGGGCAGCUGCCCCCGUUAUGGCACACAGAGCCCCAGGCUGCCCCAGUCUCCAAAUAACCUGCUCUGUGCCGGCUCCAGCUGGGUCUGCCCACUCUUCCUGUCUUCUAGGGCUCUGUCGGGUUUGGCGUCUGCCAGCUGAAGGUGGUUGUUUUUUUUUAUUUUUUCUUGUUUUUUGUUUUACUAUGUUUCUCGGCAGCGAAGAUCCUCAUCCCAGAUGUUAUACAUCCUUCUCCAACCAGGAGGGGACCCAAGGAGCCUGACUGCAUUCAGACCUCCGCAAGGCAGUCCUUGUGGACGGCAGCAUCUUCAUCUGGGGGGGGACACAUGUUCGGAAGCUGUCAAGGAUCCCUUGCACCUUGGAUUCCACCCUGGGUUUCUUGUAUCGUGCUGGAGACAUCACCUCUCCUCAGGAGCCCAAAGGAGGUAGGCCUGGCUCCUUGGAAGGAUCUUAGUGGCUGUUGUGAGGAGAGAGCUUUGUAGCUGUCUGACCUCUACUGGAUGACGAUUUUGCUGUGUAAAUCUCUGAAAAACCUGCUGACUUUAUGGGAGAAAAACAAAUGAAGUGUCCAGCCAAAACUGCAUCUAAAGGAUAGUGAGACACCUUCUGGGUUUUGUACACCCGAGGAGGAAAAGACUUUCCCCUAAGCCUCUCUGGGCCACCUCUUUGUUUUGCCUUGUAUAUAUUUUGUGAAUGGAGAGUUUAGCCGCAGAGCCUUAAGCAGCCCUGGAGAGCUUGUGGAAAGGCAAAGAUCAAACUAACUGGAAAACUUAAAUCUGUGGCUUUUUUUUCCAUUGAAAGAAACAAAAACCCCUAAUGUUGUUGCCAGUAAAAUCUCUGAGGUGCUGUUCAGCAAUUUUAUCUGCUGAAAAGAUUUCUUGAUUGACUUUUUUUUUCCUUUGGUAAAUACUUCACCAUUUCCCUGUUUCUCUUGCAUUCCUGCUGAAGACGUGCACCUCAUAUCAUGGAAGGGAGAGAGGAAUGUACUGAUGUCUUGGGAGGAUACUGACCAAGAGCAGCAGAAAGGGCAUUUCAGUGGGGGAGUUGGGAGCAGGGUUGGAGAUUAAUCUUGACUGUGAAAUAACUUUUUUUUUUUUCUUCUUCUUUUAUUAAAUACCCUCCUUCCAGCAGAAGAGGGAAUCUUUGUGGGCAUGGACUGCCUGCUUCUUCUCUUGCUGUUUGUAACAUUUUCAGCCUGCAUGAAGCAUUCCCUGGAAAGCAGAGUCUUGGUUAAGCUAGUGAUGUGCUAACAGCAAACUGACUAUGGAAACACAUGCUGGCUGGAAUCUUCAAACCCUUGCUUUCACCACGCUGAAUGUAGUUCCUGCCACACUGGUGGAGCAAUGGUGACCUCUCGUGGCCAGCUGGCUUAUUGCACAGAGCAGGAUCUCGCUAGCUUUGAGCCUGCAAUCUCUCUGUGGCCACAACAAAAGCAAAACAAAAAACCUACAUAGCCCUGUGAAUAGUCGCAGUUGCCAAUGAGAGUCUAGGGGGAGGGUGGCGUGGGCCACAAACUGCACGCAGAGCAGUUAUGAAUCCAAAUAGCUGUGAGUUACAGGCCAUGCACCUUUCAUUUGAAUUGUAACUCUUGGAGCCUGCAGAAAUGGGAACAACGUGGGUUGAGUGAACAUCCCCGUGUUUAAUAUUGCUGUUUCACUGUAAAUGUAAGUUAAAUAGCGAUAUAUACAUACCUCUAUAUCUGUCGUGAGAAACACUAAUCCUAGGUUGUUAGCCUAAUUAUUAUGUUGCAUGAAUAGUGAUAUUAAUGUCAGCAGGAUACGACUGGCAUCCAUGCCUGGUGCUCAUGCAAAUGGAAAUUGUGGAGGGGGAGCAGUGCAGUGUGGGAUUUGGGGCAGUGAAGGGAAAAGUGGUGGCUUAUCAGGGAAUU